AUGGCGAAGUCAACAAGAAAACCACUCAAAAUCCUCAUGCUUCAUGGAUACACUCAGUCUGGCUCGCUCUUCCAUGCCAAAUCCCGCGCUCUAGAGAAGCACAUACAAAAGAACUUCCCUGCAUACUCUGUUACUCUAUCAUAUCCAUCCGGUCCUAUAGGGCUAAGCCCCUCCGAUAUACCCAAUUAUACACCAGUUUCCAAUGGCGGUUCAGUAGCCGAUGAAGCACCUGAAGCAUUUGCAUGGUGGCGUCGUUCAGAUAUCGUUGAUCCGCCUGAAUACAUGGGGAUGGAGAAAGGCCUGGAAACUGUCGCCAGUGUGCUUGCAGAUGAAGGGCCGUUUGAUGGUGUCAUUGGCUUCUCUCAGGGUGCUUGUCUAGCAGCAAUGGUAGCCAGUUUACUCGAGCCAGACCGAAGUAAAGCAUUCAGCUAUAUGUCUGACCCGGCAAACAAUCAGCAAGAACUCGUCAACAAGUCUCUCGGCGGAAACCAGCGAGAUCCUCAAAAGCCACCGCAAGGGCCAGAGGAUAAGAAUAUGGUGACUGGUAUUCCAAUUCCACCUUCUUUUACCGGCAUCUCACACCCGCCGAUGAAAUUUGCGAUAUGUUACGGAGGUUUUAUAGCACCUGGCACCCGGUAUAGGGCAUUUUAUGAGCAUCCCAAGAUUCAGACGCCCGUGCUGCAUGUUCUAGGGACUUUGGAUAUGAUAGUUGAAGAAGCAAGGAGCAGGAAAUUGAUCGAGUCUUGUGCUGGAAACCCUGAGUCUGAUGGUAGGGUCUUGUGGCAUCCUGGUGGCCAUUUUUUACCUAGCCAGAGACCAUAUUUGGACGGAGCGGUGCAGUUUAUCAGGCUACACAUAGAAGGAUUAGACGGCAAUGGUAACAAAAAUUCGGGCGAUGACGAUGUUGAGAAUAUGGACAUGCCGUUCUAG